CGCGGUGGCUGCAAUGACGGAAAUCGUCUUUUCUGUAUCCUUUUCUCUUUUAGGUUAUUUAAAUUAUCAUCGGAUCUAGCUCCAGCGCUUCAAAUCUGAUUCAGUUCUACUAUUUUCGUAUAAAAUUUGGGGUUGAUCGUCCAAAUUGAUGCUUCUGCGCUCCAUUUUUUUGUCUGAAUUUCCUCUUCAAUCAGACGAUCGCGUGAAAGAAUCAUCUUCUCGAAGUUAACCAUCUGUUGCAGAAUUUGAUUGUCUGGUAGUAGUGAAAUCAGAGAUCAAGAGUUCCUUGCGAUUGAACUUUUUAUUUUGAGGAGUUUUUCUGGAGUUUUUAAUAUAAUUUGAGGAGGAUUGAAGCAAGGAUGUUGAGCUGUUGCUGAUGGAGCAAAAGAGAACUUUUAUGAUGAUUUGAUGUUACAAAGGACCAAGACCAACUAGAUCACCUAUGAAUGAAGUGGCCAUAUAGACCUUUGAAACUCAUUCGAAAUCUCCCCUCCUUCCAGAGAGAGACAUAAGGAGUGCACUUUCUUUUACUGGAGAAAAAUAAAGUCCAAAAGGAGAAGGGCUGCUUUCUGCACAGAAUCUACAUCAUUGAAUCUGUCAGUGCUGUUGUAUGUGGCUGGAAAGGGCUAAAAGGAGCUGAAUUCUGGAGCAUUGAGUUCCGUAUCUGAUUAAUUUUGAAUGGCUGAACAGCGGAGUAAAAGUGUCAAACCUACAAAUGCCAAGCCAUCAGGGGCAGCUGCCAAUCCAUAUCUUAUCAAUCUGGAUAACUUCAGUAAGCGAUUGAAGAUGUUAUAUUCACAUUGGAAUAAGCACCAUACCGAUCUUUGGGGUGCUUCUAGUGCUGUUGCAAUAGCAACUCCCCCUCUUUCAGAUGAUCUGAGGUACCUGAAAUCUUCUGCACUGAACAUUUGGUUGGUUGGUUAUGAGUUCCCAGAAACAAUUAUGGUAUUCUUGAAGAAGCAGAUCCAUUUUUUGUGCAGCCAGAGAAAGGCCUCUUUGCUUGAUGCUGUGAAGAAAUCUGCCAGAGAGGCUGUUGGUGUUGAAGUCGUUCUACAUGUGAAGGCAAAAAGUGAUUCUGGAAGUGAGCUAAUGGAUAGUAUUUUUAAUGCUGUCUAUACUCAGUCAAAAUCUGGUGGUCUAGAUGUCCCUGUUGUUGGACACAUAUCAAGAGAGACACCUGAAGGAAAGCUUCUGGAGAUGUGGGAUGAGAAGCUCAAGAAUGAGAAAUUUGAGCUAAGUGAUGUGAGCAAUGGGUUCUCUGACUUGUUUGCAAUUAAAGAUGAAACUGAGAUUGAUUGUGUGAAGAAAGCUGCAUUCUUAACUUCCUCUGUUAUGAGGCAAUUUGUGGUCCCUAAACUUGAGAAGGUUAUUGAUGAGGAAAAGAAGGUCUCCCACUCUUCAUUGAUGAAUGACACAGAGAAGGCAAUAUUGGAACCUGCAAGAAUUAAGGUGAACCUGAGGGCAGACAAUGUUGAUAUUUGUUACCCUCCCAUUUUUCAGAGUGGUGGUGAUUUUGAUCUAAAACCAAAUGCUUCAAGCAACGAGAAGGACCUUUACUAUGACUCUACCAGUGUAAUUUUAUGUGCAAUAGGAUCCCGAUACAGAAGCUACUGCUCAAAUAUUGCUAGGACUUUUCUGAUUGAUGCCAAUCCCACUCAAAGCAAGGCUUACGAGGUCCUCCUUAAGGCCCAAGAAGCAGCCAUUGGGGCUUUAAAAUCUGGGAACAGGAUGAGUGCUGUCUAUCAAGCUGCACUCUUGGUGGUGGAGAAGGAUGCUCCUGAAUUAGCUGCAAACGUGACCAAAACUGCAGGAACUGGAAUUGGGCUUGAGUUUCGAGAGUCAGGGCUUAGUCUUAAUGCCAAGAAUGAUCGUGUAUUGAAACCAGGCAUGGUUUUCAAUGUGUCACUUGGUUUUCAAAACCUGCAGUCAGAAACAAAUAACCCAAAAACUAGGAAAUUUUCGCUGUUGCUUGCAGAUACUGUACUUGUUGGUGAAAAGGUACCAAAUGUCUUGACUUCUAAAAGUUCUAAAGCCGUGAAGGAUGUGGCAUACUCAUUCAAUGAAGAUGAAGAAGAAGAAGAGAAUGUAAAAGUUAAAUCUGAUGGUAAAGGGGUUGAGAACACCUUCUCUAAGGCAACACUCAGGUCAGACAACCAUGAAAUGUCAAAGGAGGAGCUACGAAGGCAGCACCAAGCUGAACUUGCUCGCCAGAAGAAUGAAGAAACAGCUAGGCGGCUUGCUGGUGGUGGUCAUGUGGCAGCAGAUAAUCGUGGUGCAGCAAGAACUAUUGGUGAUUUGAUAGCGUACAAAAAUGUCAAUGAUCUGCCCCCUCCUAGAGAAUUGAUGAUUCAGGUUGACCAGAAGAAUGAAGCUAUACUUUUGCCAAUUCAUGGAAGCAUGAUCCCUUUCCAUGUCGCCACUGUGAAGAGUGUUUCCAGUCAACAGGACAGUAACCGAACUAGCUACAUCAGAAUUAUCUUUAACGUACCUGGCACCCCAUUCACUCCUCAUGAUGCAAAUUCUCUGAAGUUUCAAGGAUCAAUAUAUUUGAAAGAAGUUUCAUUCCGCUCUAAAGACUCAAGGCAUAUAAUUGAAGUGGUGCAGCAGAUUAAAACUCUACGCCGACAAGUUACAUCUAGGGAGUCUGAAAGAGCCGAGAGGGCAACCUUAGUCACUCAAGAGAAGCUGCAGCUUGCAGCGGCCAAAUUCAAACCCAUUAAGCUGCUAGAUCUAUGGAUUCGUCCCCCUUUUGGUGGUCGUGGAAGAAAGCUGACUGGUUCAUUGGAAGCACAUACAAAUGGAUUCAGAUAUUCUACUUCCAGACCCGAUGAACGUGUUGAUGUUAUGUAUGGUAAUAUCAAGCAUGCAUUCUUCCAGCCAGCAGAACGGGAAAUGAUUACUCUUGUGCACUUCCAUUUACAUAAUCACAUCAUGGUCGGAAACAAAAAAACCAAGGACGUUCAGUUUUAUAUUGAGGUUAUGGAUGUAGUGCAAACACUGGGAGGAGGAAAGCGAUCUGCCUAUGACCCUGAUGAGAUUGAAGAAGAACAGCGUGAGCGGGACCGGAAGAAUAAAAUCAAUACGGACUUCCAGAACUUUGUCAACAGGGUUAAUGAUCUGUGGGGGCAAACCCAAUUCAAAGCACUAGACCUUGAAUUUGAUCAGCCUCUGAGAGAGCUUGGCUUCCAUGGAGUUCCCCACAAGGCCUCUGCUUUCAUUGUGCCAACUUCAAGUUGCCUGGUUGAGCUGAUAGAAACGCCUUUUGUGGUGAUCACCCUGAGUGAGAUUGAAAUAGUGAACCUGGAAAGAGUUGGCCUUGGUCAGAAAAAUUUUGAUAUGACUAUUGUCUUCAAGGACUUCAAGCGGGAUGUCCUUCGAAUUGAUUCAAUUCCAUCCACAUCACUAGAUGGCAUCAAGGAAUGGCUUAACACAACUGAUCUCAAAUAUUAUGAGAGCAGGCUGAAUUUGAACUGGCGGCCUAUACUGAAAACUAUUACUGAUGAUCCAGAGAAAUUCAUAGAAGAUGGUGGUUGGGAAUUCUUAAACAUGGAAGUGAGUGAUUCAGAAUCUGACAAGUCAGAAGAGUCAGACCAAGGGUACGUGCCUUCAGACGUGAAUUCAGAAUCAGCUUCAGAUGAGGAGGGUGAUGAUAGUGAGUCAUUGGUGGAAUCUGAGGACGAUGAGGAUGAUGACUCUGAUGAAGACUCAGAGGAAGACGAGGGAAAGACAUGGGAAGAGUUGGAGAGGGAAGCCAGCUAUGCAGACAGGGAGAAAGGGAAUGAUUCAGACAGUGAAGAGGAGAGGAAGAGAAGAAAGAUAAAAGCCUUUGGUAAAACUCGAGCACCCGAGAAGAGAAAUCCAAGUGGCAGUCUUCACAAGAGAGCCAAAUUCAGGUGAUCACUGCUUUUCCAAAAACAUUGUGGUUGGUAGUUGUGUAAAUCAGACUUUAAGAGGCUUGAAGAGGCUUCUGGUUUGAGAGUCAAUAAUGAAGGUUUUGCUUCUGUUUGUAUCUUAUAUCAAUGUUCGAUCAGAAUCAAAUUUCUGUAAAAUAUUUGAGAUUAUAGUUUAUGGAAAGUUUUUGUGUAAUUCCAGCUAUUUCUUGAUAUCUAGUAUGUAUAUUUGCAUUCUGUGCAGCCUAAAUGCCAUGUU